GCAGCCCAUCUUAUACUCUCAUCUUCUUCUCCCUCUAGAACAUUAUCUCCGCCGCUGCUUUCCUGUGUUUCUUCUUCCGGAUACUAUGUCUCAUAGUUUUAUCUCUUCCAACAAAAUUUAAUCUUCUUUGCCUUAGACAUCGAAGGAGUUGACCUCUUUUUUAUAUUACUCCUUCGUUUUGGGUGGUUGUUUUUGUAUGGAUCUAUUUCUCCUUGUUCCUAAUUUUCUGGUAUUUUUUGUAUUUGUUUGGGUUAUUCUUAGAUGUCCCGUAUAAUCUAUUUCAUCUUAUUUACGUGUUUUUGAUCGGCGGUCUCCGAUGAUAGACCAAUUUUAUAGAUAUAAGGAUUUUUAAUUUCAUAUAUUAAAAUUUUGCAUAAAUAGUUAUAGAUAUGCAACGCUUAAUUUUCAGUUUUGUUUUUUAUUGAUGAUUUUGUGGAAGUUGGGGUUCUUACAUUUCCUCUAUGUUUUUAAUUAGAUCUGUCUGGGAAGAUGUUCUCUUCCUCGAUCGGAUUCAGAAAAGGUGUUAACAAAGGGAGUUUAUAUAUUUUAUUUUAUUAUAUUUGUUAAUCUAAAUCUGGCUACCAUUAAAUUUAACAUACUGGGAUUUUUUUGCUGGGUCAUAAAAUUUCUUGAUACAUUAUAACAACAGUAUUUGUAUCUCUGUAAAUUUAAUAACCUGAUUUUUUUUAAUUUCUAUAUACCCUACUGCUUUAAUAUCUAUCCAUUUCAACUGAAUCUGAAAAAAGCCAUUUAGUUUCUAAAUAUUUCUAAAUAUUCUCUGAUUUUUCAAUUAUUAUUGAUGUUACCAGAUACAACCUUUAUACAUCAAAACUUGGAAUGUAAUAUAGUAUUUUUUUUUUAAAAAUAUGUUUAAGUAUUAUUUGUUCUGCCUGGUUUAUGUGUAUUCUGAUCUCAAUGGUUAAAAGUUAGAUAAUCUACCAUAAAGAUAAUACUUUUAUUUCUUACAGGAGGAAUUUUAUUUAAAUGAAGUGAAGUACAUCACGUUUGUUCUUUUGUUAAGAAACUGCUUGAGAUGCAAUUACUUUUUUCAUGUCUCCCAGAAAUCUAUAAUGCAAUGAGGUCAGGGCAAGUAAGUAAGUUUGCACUAUUAAUUUUAUCAAGUACUUAAAUUACUUAAUAUACAUGUUUGGAAUGAGAAGUGCAGGAAGAAAGACAUAUUUUUCUCUAAUAUGUUAAAUUUAAUUUUCGUGAGUUCAGGACAUACUAAAUGCAUAUUUCACUUCUUCACAGUAAUCUUUUCAAUAUAAUACCAAAUGAACUGUGUUUACCAAAUUAGCAGGUUAAAAAUAAUAAGACUGUGAAAUGAAGUGUGUUCACCUGUGUUUGUAUGAAGUCUCCAUCUUUUCCCUAUGUGUUUGCAACUGGAGAAUGAGCUAUUCAUUUGAUUGUAUCAAUUUUAUAUGCAAGGAAUAUAAGAAAGAAAGAUACUUACUUUAUAAAUGGAACACCAGUGAUAGUUUAUAUAUAUAUUGAAAUGCAGUCCACCUCUGUUAAUAAUUUAGAAAUUCUUGGAAGUUAAUGUUAAGGAGUCAUUCAUGUAUGAGACAUAUCAAUGUGUAAAUCAAAAAGAUUGUCUUGUCAUGUAUGCCCAGAAACAUUGAAUUACUUCUAGUUUUGAUGGUUUUUUUGUACAUUUUUAAAAUGAGGGAUUUUCUUAAAACAUCAAAGCAACUUUAAAUGACUGCCAUCCUAAUAUCCCUGUACAGUUGUUCAAAAUUUGUUAUACUCAGUGAUUUUGUGAGGACUUUCAGUGUGAGCUACCAUUUUCACUCUGCACACUUGUGCAAUUUCAAAUAUAGAUGGUUUUAUUUUAGAGUGGUUAAAAGAGUUAAAGAGGGUUUUUUUUUAAACAUUUUAAAAGUGCAGAUUAUUUUUCAUGAAUUUUUUUCUUAGGUCAGUAGGGGAUCACUAAAUGAACUGUUUUUGAACACCUAAUAGCUUUUUUGAAUGUAUUCCACAAUUUAACUUCAUAUUACUGCAAUCCUCAAAUCCAUUCCAAGUUGGUUUUAAAUUGUCUUAGGGAGUUUGUAGUGUGAAACUGACCGUUUUGGUCUAUGCAAUUUGUGAUGGGUAAUUGUCACGCGUUAUAGGGACCAAGUUUAAAGCUUUGUCUUGUAAUUAAGUGAAGUCAUCCUAUUUUUGCAGCCAUGCUUAAUAACUUCGUGUAUGAACCUGGAUUAAUUUGUAGGUUUUAGAGGCUGUGAUGAUGGUUUUUAUUUGAUUUGUCAAAUUCUGAUUACUUCAAUUUAAAAAAAUUGAUACGUAACUUGGCGUGGCUACCUUGCUGGCAGGAGCAGCCAUGGUGUUAUCAUAACCUUGUUCUCAAAAUGAUUUUAUAAUCACUGCAUAUCUGAGCCUCUUUACACAGAUUUUGAAAAAAGUUAUUUUCCAGGAGAUACACACUGCUCUAUUUCUGCCCAGAUUAAGGCAGUUACACAGUUGCUCGAUUUCAUUCUCUUUAUAAGGCAAUGACAUACUUUGUGUAUGAAGGUGGAGUAAUUUUAAUACUCCCUCCGUCCCCCUGUAUUUGUCCACAUUUGACUUUUGGAACUGUUUAUCUAAGCACUUUGACUAAUCAAAUUCUCUCAAUGUGUAAGCCUAAAUAUAGUCAUGUGUGAUCUUGUUUGAUUUGUCUUAACAUAUAGAUUAUUAAUAUAUAAUUUUUAUAAUUUUUUAAUAUACAAAUUAUAAGAUAAAAUGGAUUAAAGAAGUGCAUUGGAUGGUGUGCAAAAAUGAAAGUGGACAAAUAGAGAGGGACGGAGGGAGUAAAUAAGAGGCUAUGAUGAUUGGUGUCAUAUGUUUUCUCAUAUUGUUUAAUGAAAGUAAGGGAAAAAUACGUAUCCCGGCGUGGCUACGGCCUAGCCAAAGCAGCCAUGGGUUGUCGUAAAUAUUUUCCUCUUAAUGAGUAUAUAAAAAGUGAUAAUGUGAGCCUCUUUUUAUUUCAUCAUUUGAUAUUGAAGCAAUGCCUGUUUUGAGGUUCGGUAAUGAGAUAUGAUUGUGGCAGUGACAGUUCAUUUGUUAUUACAUUUAUGAAGUACUUGACUUGGUUUUAUAUAGUACGGAGUAUAUGAGAUGCGAUUUACUGAAAUCCCUGCUGUGGGUAUAUUUAUUUUUGUUUAAAAGUUAUUGUAUAUGCUUUUGAUGUGUGUAAUCCAUGGCGUUAACUUUUUUUUCUUCAUUGUAAUGAGUAUAUAAAUCUGGCAGAUUUGAGCCUCUAUAGCAUUUUGAAAUGGGCAGGAUCCUGGAAUUAAAUUUUGCAAAGGAAAUAUCAAUAGGUGACUGUGGAUCACCCAUGUGCGUAAAUCUGAAGAUUCAAAGUGGGGUAGUGGCGGUUCAUUCUUGAAAUGAAAUUGGGGUAGUGGCAGUUCAUUUAUCAGUACAUUUGUGGACUACUUGGCUUGAUUUUAUACAUAAUAAAAGAUGCCAUGUACUGAAUGAAUUUUACAUUCUCAGUUUCUUUUUUUUGUCCACAAGUGAUUGUAAAUUGUAGUAUUCUAAGAUUUUAUAUGUAAUUGCCACGUGUACCAAGUGAAUCAGGGCCUUUGGAUGACGGAUUCUGGCGGGAAAAUUG